AAUAGAUGUAUAAUUCAUUAUGCAAUUUUAUAGAAUUAAAUCUUAUUUAUCUUCAGAUAUAAAAACUAUAUUUACCAGCUGAAACACUAACGCAUAUGCAGUAUAAUAUAAUCUACUUAACAAUCUCGUUUUAGUUAUAAUAUGUGAUUAAUUCUUUUGCUAUUUCGCUAUAAACAGUUUUUUGUGCAUACAAUAUUUUUUUAUAGUAUUCUAAUAUAUUGUUAGAUAUUGUAAAGAAAGUAAAAUACAGUUAUUGAAGUGUGGGAACAUUCAAUGUUAACCUUGCUUCAAAAAAUAAUCUUUCGAAUGAAUGGGGAAUAGAUUUUUAGUAUUAUAAAGCAAAUUCAAUAUUUAAAUGAUGUUAUUUUAAAAUGGCAGAUGAUAUGAAUGUUCUUUUUAUACGAGGAAAUGGAAACGUAUGUAUGGAUACAGACACAGCCAAUGAUAAUGUUUGGGACGAUAGUGCAUUAAUAGAAGCAUAUGAUAAAGCAAUAAAUUUAGCAAAAGAAGAAGUUAUCAAGCGAAUGGGAAUGGAUGUUGGAAAUUCUCAACCGAAAGAAAACCUACAAAAUCUUAAGCAGCCUAAACACGCAAGUAAAUUACACAAGAAAUGGAUCAUAGGAGCACCUUGUCGUGCAAUAUACUCAGAGGAUGGAGAAAUUUAUGAAGCUAUAAUAUCAAAAAUUUACGAAAACAAUGGCACGUGUGUUGUAAAAUUUGUAGGCUAUGGUAAUACAGAGAAAGUCGAGUUGAGUUCUCUUUUAGAAUCAGAAGGUUUGCAAAGUCAAAUAGCACAACAAAAGAAAGCUUUGGAAGAGAAAUUCAAUGAAGAGAACGACGAGACUUGUGAGACUAAUUUUUCUACAAAUGUAAAUUCGAAAAAAUAUAAUGUAGAAAAAAUGGAUUGUGCACAUCACUUCAUAUCGGGACCAUCUUUCAAUUCGAUGACUGAUAUAAUGCCACCUGCACCUCCUUUACCACCAUAAUUAAUGGCCGAGUAAGUACAAUUUAAAAAUUCUAAUGAAAUGCUGAAUACUUCUAAUAUUAAUAAGUAAUUUGGAAUAAGUUUAACAUUUUAUUUGGAAAAAAAAAAAAUACGAAAUUUUAAUAAAAUGUACUAGAUUACCAGAUAAUGAUACAGACGCACUUUCAAGUAUGUUGAUGUCAUGGUAUAUUAGUGGUUUUCACACAGGUUAUUAUCAUGGUUUGAAACAAGCAAGAAACAAUCAAGAGAACAGGAAGAAGUGUUGAUUAUAUCAAUUUUUUCAAUAACAAUAUAACGAUAAUAUAAGAUAUAAUAAAAUAUAAAACUCAUUGUAUUUAUUUACUUCAAUUAUUUGAAAUAAAGAACAGCUUUAUUUUCAUAUAA